GAGAAUGUCCACCUGCGCUCAAUGCACAGGGCUCCCAACUCUUGCAGUUCACGAGAUGGACCCCGUCAUCUUCAUCAUCCCGCAGCAACGGAACUGGCAACAGGGCUUCGAAGCGUAGCAGAAUCCCGUGAACCCACCGGUGGGACUUUUGUUCAUCCUCCGAGGCUGUUAUAUGGAUCCCAGACCUUCGUUCUCUCUUCCAUCCUGUCUUCUUUCCGCUGUUCUUUCUUUUCUCUUACUUCAGUUUUAUUUUCAAGUUACGACUUUGCAUCUUCACCAUUUCACCUGCUUGCCCCUCGAGCAGAAGCGCUGCACGCCGUCUGCAGCAACAGAACCUCCAUCCAACCUCAUACAUCCACCAAACCCCUUGCCAUCCGCAGUGCUUGCAGUGCAUAGAGAUCUAGCUAGAUAUUUCUUCCUGCCCAUCUGCAAGACAAGCAUCCCAGCCACGCUCCACUGUACGCAUGUUCAUCGACGUGUGUUGGGCAAACCAUCGCAUGUGAUUCACUUUGUUCGCCUGCCAAGACCAGUCGCUAUAAAGUCAACUAGUUGGAACCCUUGCUGAGAGUCAUCCUCAGGGCUGUCCAACUUCUCUUGGAGAGUGCUACAA